CUUAAAUGGUUGCUUACGAACCCUAUCGAGUUCAAUUUUCCAUAGAUUAAACUUGAAAAUCUUCGCUUGGAAUACAAUCUAUCUUGCAAAAUCUUGCAUUUCACUAAUCUUCAAAAAAUCUCCACCUGAUUUUGAUCACUAACAGCCCACCCAAUUCCGUCACAAUCCCUCUUACUUCUCGCUCUGAACCCAAAUCCCCUUUCUAGAUCUCUCCCCCCAUCGAUUUCUACAGAAACCCACAUGCCUAGGAUCAACUCAAUCGAACCCAGAUUCUUAAUUUUGCUCAUCGAUCACUAGUUUCGAGUGAAAACCAGUUUGGCAUUGUGUUCAUGAUGGUGGAGACCUCGAUUCUUGGUGGGCGGUUCAAUAACCAGAGGAUUGAUUUCAAGCGAUGCGUUCCGGCGUUCUUCUCGACGUACAGGACGCUGUUUACAGUGCUGUGGAUCGCGGCGGUUGCCACGAUUUUUCUCUGGAUGAGUACUAUUCGUGAUGGGUUCUUUUUUCUGCGGCCAGUCUCGAGCAGGCCGUUGCCGAGGCUGCGGCCUGUUGCGUUUAAUUUGACGGAUUUUGGAGCUGUUGGUGAUGGGGUGACUUUGAAUACCGAAGCCUUUGAAAGGGCUAUUUUGGCUAUUUCGAAGUUGAGGAGCAAAGGUGGAGGGCAGCUUAAUGUGCCUUCAGGGCGGUGGCUUACGGCUCCGUUUAAUCUUACUAGUCAUAUGACUUUGUUUUUGGAUGAAGAUGCUGUUAUUUUAGGGAUUCAGGAUGAAAAAUAUUGGCCACUGAUGCCUCCUUUGCCUUCCUAUGGGUAUGGAAGAGAGCACAUUGGACCUCGGUAUGGGAGUUUGAUUCAUGGUCAAAAUCUCAGAGAUGUUGUAAUAACAGGGCAUAAUGGUACCAUCAACGGACAGGGGCAAACAUGGUGGAAGAAAUAUCGGCAGAAGCUUCUUAACCACACUAGGGGCCCCCUAGUUCAGAUCAUGUGGUCAAGGGAUAUUGUGAUUAGCAAUAUAACUUUGCGUGACUCUCCGUUUUGGACGCUUCAUCCAUACGACUGUAAGAAUGUUACUAUCCGGAAUGUAACGAUCUUGGCCCCUGUACACGAUGCACCAAAUACGGAUGGAAUCGAUCCUGAUUCAUGUGAAGAUAUGCUGAUCGAGGAUUGUUACAUAAGCGUGGGAGACGACGGUAUUGCAAUUAAGAGUGGUUGGGAUCAAUAUGGCAUUGCUUACAGGCAGCCCUCGAAAAACAUACGGAUUCGAAACGUUGUUCUUCAAUCUAUGGUUAGCGCCGGUAUAUCGAUUGGGAGCGAGAUGUCAGGUGGUGUAUCGGGCAUCACGGUAGAGAACGUCGUGGUGUGGAACUCCAGGCGUGGUGUCCGGAUCAAAACUGCUCCAGGAAGAGGAGGAUACGUGCAAGACAUCAGUUAUCGUAAUCUGACCCUCGACGUCGUUCGUGUUGGGAUUGUCAUAAAGACAGACUACAACGAACACCCAGACGAAGGAUACGAUCCAAAAGCAGUUCCAGUGCUGAAGGACAUAAGCUUCACAAGCAUCCACGGACAGGGAGUUCGAGUACCGGUCCGAAUGCACGGUAGCGAAGAAAUUCCAGUGAGAAACGUGACGUUCAGGGAUAUGUCAGUGGGGAUAACAUACAAGAAGAAACAUAUAUUCCAAUGUGCAUUUGUUUACGGACGAGUUAUAGGAACCAUCUUCCCAGCUCCUUGUGACAACCUGGACCGAUACGACGAGCAAGAACGACUAGUUAAACGCUCUGCUGCCCAGAAUGCAACCGACAUCGAUUACGACUUUUGAAUAGGUAGAUCAUUUGAUGAAAUCACUGAACACUGCUGCUUUUUUACUUCUGUUUCUACCAGUUAAACACUCUCUACAAUGUCUAUUUUUAUGGCUUUGAUUACAAUUUUGUUUGCUGGAGUUUGUACAUAAACAAAAAGAAAAACCCUUUUAUUAGAGAGAGCAAACGACAAAGGUUUGAAUUUC